CUCUUUGACGCCAGGAGAGGACCAAGCGGGGAACGAGUGAAAAAAGGGGAAAAAAAUCCUACUUCAUGUUGGUGGCUGAAAACAGAGGAAAAGGUCGAGGGACUUUGAUAUUAAUCAAAGAUAAUGAUCCUGUUUCAGAGUGUUCAGAAGCAAGCUUUUUUCCAGGCUCAUUAAGGUUUCAGUAGGGCCUGCACAAGCGGAUGAGGUUUUGCAGGAUGAGUGCUUGCCUGUGAUGACUGGGGAAAAAUCAAUAGAGGUGCUGAACCGUAAAUUUGCCCUUUCCUUGGAUGUAUCCAGGCUUUAGCAUGGAUUAGACCAGCUGCAUUCUUUUCAAGCUGCAGUUCAUCACUGGUUUAAGAGAAGUUUCAAUUAUUGGCUAUUUCCCCACUUACAUUUGCCCCUCGCAUCAGUUCCCAAGUGGUUGUGACCUUAAGGCAACACCCCCCACCCCACCCCCACCAGCGCAGGCCUUCCUGAUCACCAGCAGCUGCGUCCUGCCUCCGUUUCCUGUCCUUGGCCAAGCAAGGCUAAAGUCUUCCAUUCCCUAAAUACCCUCCCUACUGCAUAGACACGAAAACAGGCAUCCUCCUGGACUGGUGCAGCCCACCUAGCAGUCCAGCUCCCUCUUCCUGGUGCAGCGUGGCGUGAUGACCUCCAUGUCCAGCCUGUUUUCGUUCACCAGCCCAGCGGUGAAGCGCCUGCUGGGUUGGAAGCAGGGAGAUGAAGAGGAGAAGUGGGCUGAGAAGGCUGUGGAUGCAUUGGUGAAGAAGCUCAAGAAAAAAAAGGGUGCCAUGGAAGACCUGGAAAAGGCUUUAAGCAGUCCUGGGCAGCCAAGCAAGUGUGUGACCAUCCCUCGGUCACUGGAUGGCCGUCUGCAGGUGUCCCACAGGAAGGGUCUUCCGCACGUUAUCUACUGCCGCGUGUGGCGCUGGCCCGACUUGCAGUCACACCAUGAGCUCAAGCCACUCGAGGUGUGUGAAUACCCGUUUGGCUCCAAACAGAAGGAAGUUUGCAUUAACCCUUAUCACUACAAGAGAGUCGAAAGUCCUGUGCUUCCACCUGUGUUGGUGCCUAGACACAGCGAGUUCAACCCUCAGCACAGCCUUUUGGUGCAAUUUCGCAAUCUUAGUCACAACGAGCCACACAUGCCUGUAAACGCCACCUAUCCUGAGUCUUUCCAGCAGCACAGUGGUGGAACAUCCUUUCCCAUUUCUCCAAAUUCACCUUAUCCACCUUCUCCUGCCAGCAGUGGUACAUACCCUAACUCUCCUGCCAGCUCAGGUCCAUCCAGCCCAUUCCAGCUCCCAGCCGACACCCCUCCCCCUGCCUACAUGCCUCCGGAGGAGUCAAUGGGACAGGAUGGAUCUAAUCCCAUGGAAACUGGCAGCAGCAUGGUGCCAAGAGGAGAUGUUCAGCCUGUAGAAUAUGAAGAGCCAAGUCAUUGGUGCUCUAUUGUGUACUAUGAGCUGAAUAACCGUGUUGGCGAGGCUUACCACGCCUCCUCUACUAGCGUGCUGGUGGAUGGCUUUACUGAUCCGUCCAACAACAAAAAUCGCUUUUGCCUGGGCCUUCUGUCCAAUGUUAACCGCAACUCUACGAUCGAGAACACUCGCCGUCAUAUUGGCAAAGGUGUUCAUCUGUAUUAUGUUGGAGGAGAGGUGUACGCCGAGUGUUUGAGUGACACCAGCAUUUUUGUGCAGAGCAGGAACUGCAACUACCACCACGGGUUUCACCCCACUACUGUCUGCAAGAUUCCCAGCGGCUGCAGUCUCAAGAUCUUUAACAAUCAGGAGUUUGCUCAGCUGCUCGCCCAGUCCGUCAACCACGGAUUUGAGGCUGUCUACGAGCUCACGAAAAUGUGCACUAUUCGCAUGAGUUUUGUUAAGGGUUGGGGGGCUGAAUAUCAUCGACAGGAUGUGACUAGCACCCCCUGCUGGAUAGAAGUGCAUCUGCAUGGUCCUCUUCAGUGGCUGGACAAAGUAUUAACACAAAUGGGUUCACCAGUGAACCCCAUCUCCUCAGUUUCCUAAUGAUGGGCCCUCCAUGGGCUAGGAGGAUCUUUUUACUUGGAUUUUUUUUUUUAUAAUAAUUUUUCUCCAAUUUUGAAAGAAAUGGAGAUCUUAAGGGGCUGAACUGUUUACACUGUCUGAAAAAUGGCCAUGAAACUCUGAAGCAGUCAGGACGAUGAGGAACAAACUGAGGCACAUUUGGCAGAGGAAAAUUUUAGGCGGUGGCAUACCUUGGACUAACUACUGCUUUAGUAGUUGCCCUUGUGUCUGUUUUUAAAAUGAUGCUUCUAUGUGUAAUUUUUUUUUUCUCUCUUUCUACCUUGUAGAUAAUCUAGUAGAUGAAUAAAACUUAAACAAUUUCACAUAUCUUUACUUCAUCUUGCACCAGUGAAAGUGGCAAUCUUUUGAUUCUUUAAGAAUCUUUGUACUUUCUAUGUUGUCUAUUCCCAGUUACUCUCAAGUAAGACAUGGUCUCUCUUAUGUUUACUAUUAGACUCUGCUCACUAUGGUUUUUCUUUUUUUUAUAGCUUUCAUUUGCCGUAAGGCAAAUCAAAAAGUUACUGCUUUUAAAUAAAGUCUAUUUGAUGAAA